CACCUCCUGAAACGCAAAGGCAAUUUAACAUAUAAAAAGGAGAUUAAGGGUGUGUGUGUGAGGAAUUGUGAAAGUCAUAUUAUAGCUGGGAUUUUAUGAAACCUUGCCUUUCUAUGGAGCUUUGAUAUAAAGAUCGCUAUCUGGAAUUAUUGGGAACCACUAAUGAGGGCUGGAUAUCCAAUGAGGGGCUGCCAAAAAGGGGAUUUAUGGACAUAAUUGAUUUCCAAGAUGUCAUAAAGAUACACGAGUCCACUUACUCAUGGAGACCUGCCUUGAUGCUCUUGCUUUAUUCACCUCUAGAUUACAGGGUGUGUUUCUGGGCAGCCCCAAAUAUGGCAAAGCUCAUGGCAAAUCUGUCAACAACACUGUGCUGAUGAAAAUACUAAAUUGCUUUCCACCUUCACGCCCAAGCUGUUCCAGCCCACCUCCAGCAGCAGAUAAAAAGGAAUGCCUGGAGCUGUUGGAGCCAGAGAAGACUCUGCAGACUUCUGCUUGCCCUCAUCAACUUCUCUGGUCUUUCUGCUCUUCUGGAUUUUGACUCUGCUUGGGAAAAACCAGCCAUGUCUCGUCAGUCUGUCUGCAGGAGCUUUGCAGUCGGGGGGAGAAAGGGAUUCAGCUCCUGCUCUGCUGUUGGUGGCGGAUUUGGAGGCGGUGGCGGCCGGAGCAAGAUCAGCUACAGCUCGUACUCCUCAUCCCGGGGAGGAGGCGGAGGAGGACACUGUGGGGGGUUCAGCAGCCGGAGCCUCCAUAACAUGGGGGGCAGCAGAGGGAUCGCCAUAGGUGGAUGCAUAGGCGGUGGAUACGGUGGCGGUGGAUACGGUGGCGGUGGAUACGGUGGCAGGAUGGGCGGCCUUGGUGGAGGAAUGAGCUGUGGAGGAAUGGGUGGUGGUGGAAUGGGAAUGGGUGGCUUUGGUGGUGGAAUGGGUGGUGGGGGAGGAAUGGGUGGCUUUGGUGGUGGAAUGGGCAGUGGGGGAAUGGGUGGAAUGGGCGGCUUUGGUGGUCCCGGUUUCCCUGGGGGCAUCCAGCCGGUGCAAGUCGACCCCAGUCUCCUGCGUCCGAUCCACGUUGAGAUUGACCCCCAGAUCCAGCAAGUCAAAACCCAGGAGAAGGAUCAGAUCAAGACCCUGAACAACCAGUUUGCCUCCUUCAUUGACAAGGUGAGAGUUUAGGACUAGGUUUUUUUGGAGGUGGUAUGUCAAACAACUUUCUUGGGACGUGGAAUGGGAAUUUUUUUACUUACCAACUG